GUAUGAGGGAGGGUGUGUAGAGUGUAGAGUGUAGCGUAUACAAGCUACGCCUAGAUCCUUUUUCAGAACGGACUCUAAAAAAUGUGAACCUAAUGGAAUCUUCAUUUGAUUAUUUCUUGAUUUUAAUUCUUCCUAUGGAUAUAUUUUUGUUAUUAAAAAUGUGAAGGAACUUGUGAAGGAACUUGUGACCUGAGAAUGGAGUACUGGAUAGUUUAAAUGUUUUUUUUCUCACGUCAUGUUUGGAUGUAUACUGUUGAGUUUUUGAGAAGUUCAGAAUAAUGAUUCACAGCACAUCUUUCUUUGGUCUGUUUUUCAUGCUUUUGAAUGGUGUGUUUGGUGACACAGAUGAAGUGAAGUCAGUGUCAGUGAUGGAGGGAGAUUCUGUCACUCUACAGACUAAUGUUACUGAAGUACAGAGAGAUGAUCAUAUACUGUGGACGUUUGGACCUCGAGGGACUCGCAUAGCUGAAAUUCACAGACAGAAUAUCUAUAUAGAUGCCACUGGUACGACAUUUGAGAAAAUACUCCAGAUAGACAAUCAAACUGGAUCUCUGACCAUCAGAAACAUCAGAUCUGAACACACUGGACUUUAUAAACUCCAGAUCGUCAGCAACAUCAGAGGAACUUCAAACCAGAGAUUCAGUGUGACUGUCUAUGCUCGUCCUCCCGUUCCUGCCAUUACCAGAGACUCUUCAGACUGUUCAUCAUCGUCAUCAGUGUCCAAUUGUUCACUGCUGUGUUCAGCUGUGAAUGUGAGUCAUGUGACUCUCUCCUGGUACAAAGGAAACAGUUUAUUGUCCAACAUCAGUGUGUCUGAUCUCAGCAUCAGUCUCUCUCUACCUCUGGAGGUGGAAUAUCAGGAUAACGACACCUACAGCUGUGUGCUGAACAAUCCCAUCAGCAACCAGACUCAACAUCUGGACAACAUCACACAACUCUGUCAGACUCACACAUGUUCAGAACAACGUUCAAGUUUCAUGAUGGCAAUAGCUCUUAUAGCGCCGCUGCUGCUGGUGGUCAUAGCUGUAGUUGCAGGUUUGAUUUACCACAGAAACUGUAAACAACCAGGAAACAAAGUUAACACUCAUGAUGAAGAGAUGCAUUACGCUGAACCAACAUUCUGUACACAGCCGCUUCAGAGUAUGGAUGUCAUUGCAGAAGAUUGCACAGUGUACUCAACUGUUGUCAUAUAAAUUUAAGAUCCAGCAGAAUGUUUUUUUAUUGUUCUACUGCAGGUUGAUGGCAUGAAUUCUGGCAAUUCACCCAAUCUAAUCACUUUGACAUCAUUAAUGUUUUACUCUGUUUCAUUACAUUUCAUUUAGGAGCAACUAAAGUUAAAGUUUGAUGUCAGAUUAGCAAGGUCAUUUUUGUCAAUGUGUCUUAUUGUUUCACUCCACCUUUUUUAUAGUACCAAGUCAGUAUUUCCGUAAAGAAUAUAUCAGUAUUAAAGGCAGGCGGUUUCUGAAGGUGGCGCUCAGCUUGAUAAUGUUGUAAUAGUGCAGCGUUUGUUGUUGCUUGAUUCUUGUCUGGGUUUUUUUAUACUUUGUGACAUUUAUGUAUAAGCCUAUAUUUUAUUAUAAUUUAGUUGUAGUUUGUUUAUUUUUACAUAUGUUUUUAUAUAUUUUAUUAAUUUUUAUUUUAAUAUUUUUUUAAUGUGGUAAUUUAAUUCUGUGUUUGUUUGGUAUUUUGUUGCUUUUGGUGCAUUCACUGGUGUUUAAAAACUUUUGAAAGUUGAGAAAGACUUCUUCGGUGUUCCAGUUUACAUUGUCUCCACCCUCAACCUAUUUCUAAAAAGCACUUAAAAAGAUUAUUCUAUAUAUUUCCUAUGAGGAUUAUUACAGUAUCUCAUGCUCUGAUUAUUUUUAACUUUAACUUUGGCCUUCAGGACAGUUGCACUGAACCAGCAUUAUUUGUCGGCUGCAUACUUCAGAAAAGUAACUGUUAUAAAAUUGACCGUUAGUUUUUCUUGUGAAGGAUCAAUUGUAAUUUAUGACUUUGAAAUGUAAUGGAUUUUUUGACUUUGAAAUGUAAUGGGUUUUUUACUGAAAUGAGGAUGCCUCAGUGACACAUGUGGCUGACAAUUGUGCCCCCUAGAGGAUGCAGCCUUUGAAAUGAGACUCGACUUUUAUAUGCCCUCCUUUACUCUGCGAUCAAUCAAUAAGCAGCACCUGGUGAAACCUUCAUCCUCUCUGUUCCUCAGCCUCCAUCAAUCAUUAGACCAUCACAAACAGCUGAAGGUUUAGCUCUUCCACGAACACAAACCAUGCAUGCAUUUCCUAAAAAUAUUUUCUGUCUGUCUUUCCAGUUUUAGGUUUGCUUAAGCCUACUCUAUAAAUUGCUUGUCAUGUUUUUCAUUUGAAAGGUACUUUGGAUAAAUGCACGAACUCUCACUGGGCAGAUCUAUAACAAUGAUGAAAGCACAUAAUGACAACAAUGUGACUUUAAAUGCCAUUAAAGACAAAAUAACUAAUAAUUAAAACAA